CCGCUUCCGUCCCUCCCGCUCAGACGCCACUUCUGCCGUCGAUCAAAACCAACGCCCGCCCCCGCUAAGCCUCGGCCAAUAGGAGCCCGAGGACAGGCGCUUCCGGCGGGUUGGGCGGACGGAUCUGUCGAACGACUCCCUGGCGGCUGUCUGCGCGCCAAAUCCCUCCGCGCCCCGGCUCCCUUUGGCUCUUAAAGGGCCCCGCCCCACGGCCCGCCUUCUCUCGCCGGUUCCGAUGUCGGCCUGCCUCAGGAAGCCACGGGAGGCGGCGAGGCGGCGGGUCGCCGGGAGGUAGCGAAGAUGGGCCCGGCCCCCGGCCCGUUCUUCGGCGUCUACCUGCUCUACUGCCUGAACCCCAAGCACCGGGGCCGGGUCUACGUGGGCUUCACCGUCAACCCCAGGCGUCGGGCCCAGCAGCACAAUGCCGGCCGCAAGAAAGGAGGGGCCUGGAGGACCAGCGGCCGGGGACCUUGGGAGAUGGUGCUCAUCGUCCACGGCUUUCCGUCUAGCGUGGCCGCCCUGCGGUUCGAGUGGGCCUGGCAGCACCCCGGGGCCUCGCGCCGCCUGGGCCACGUGGCCGGGCGGGGCCGGAGGGAGGCGGCCUUCCCUUUCCACCUCAGGGUCUUGGCCCAGAUGCUGCAGGUGGCCCCCUGGAGCCGGCUGCCCCUCACCCUCCGCUGGCUGCGCCAGGACUUCCAGCGGGACCUCACGCCCCCUCCGCCCCCUCACGUGCCCCUGGCCUUCGGACCCCCGCAGCCGGGCCCGGCCGGGAAGUCAAAGGGAAUGGCGGCCGGGGCCGGGGCCGGGGCCUACUGCUCCCUCUGCCUACGGCCCGUUGAGGACGAGGACGGGCCCCUCCGCUGCCCUCAUUCCACCUGUCCCUUCAGGGCUCACCUGCUCUGCCUGGCUCAGGAUUUCCUUCAGGGGCAGCCGCAGCAACUUCUCCCCCUGGAGGGCUGCUGCCCGGGCUGUAAGAACCAGCUGCUUUGGGGAGACCUAAUCCAGUUGCAUCGGGCAGGCCGGAGAAGCCCCGAGGAGGAGGAGGAGGAAGAGGAGCUGAGUCCUGUGGAGGGACACUGGACGGAUGGGCUGAAGACUUGAACCGUCACCAUCUUCUCACCAAGUCAACGCCCGGCCCUGCCCCCUUCCCUCAUUUUGCCCAUUUCUCCUGACCUCCCUCUCAUCUAAGCUUAGGAAAAGUUUUUAAUCAUUUACAGGGGGCAUCUCCAUGACCUCAAUAAAGAGCUAGAACAAAG